AUGGGUAAGAAGAAAGCAGGAAGUCUGCUCCACACCAGUGAGCUGAAUGAUGGCUAUGACUGGGGACGACUGAACCUGCAGUCAGUGACAGAACAAAGUUCCAUGGAUGACUUUCUGGCCACUGCUGAAUUAGCAGGAACAGAGUUUGUUGCAGAGAAACUCAACAUCAAGUUUGUUCCAGCGGAAGCGAGAGCAGGUUUAUUAACAGCUGAGGAGAAAACCAGGCUGAAGAAGCUGCAUGAAGACAACAAACACUUCCUCAGAAUUCCUCGUCGCCCUCACUGGGAUGAAAGCACCAGUCCAGAUGCGCUUCAACAAGCAGAGAAAGACAGCUUCUUGGAGUGGAGGCGAGAGCUUGCACAGCUGGAAGAGGAACAGAAGUUAAUUCUCACCCCAUUUGAGAGGAACCUGGAGUUCUGGAGACAACUAUGGAGAGUGAUCGAGAGGAGUGACGUCGUCGUUCAGAUCGUUGAUGCCAGAAAUCCUUUGCUGUUCAGAUGUCUUGACCUGGAGGCGUAUGUAAAGGAAGUGUCAGAGCAUAAGGUGAACAUGCUGCUGGUGAACAAGGCCGACCUGCUGACCAGGGAGCAAAGGCGAGACUGGGCCAGACACUUUCAGAAAGAGGGGCUGAGGGCAGUUUUCUGGUCGGCCCUGGCUGAGAGCGACAGACUGGAUGCAGAGGAAAAGGGCAUGGAAGUGGACGAUCCAGAGUGUGAAGAGAGUGACCCAGAAGAGGAAGGACAGCCAGACAAUGAAGACUCGGCCCAAAAAGGUGCAGCUAGAGAGGAAGACAUGAAGGUAGCAGCAGAAGAAGAGGAGGUAGAUGAAGAGGGAGAAGAGAGUGCUACAGAGGAAGAGCAACGGGAAACAGUAUCUGUAGAUGAGGAGGACUGGUUCACCUGCUCAGAGGAUGAACAGGAGGAAGGGGCUGCUGUUUCAUCCAGUCAAUCCUCCUUUCACAACUCCAGCCGUCUGCUGCAUAAGGAUGAGCUGCUGGACAUGUUUAAGGCUGUUCACAGUGGGCCCAGGUGUAAGGACGGACAACUGACAGUGGGACUGGUUGGAUAUCCUAAUGUGGGAAAGAGUUCCACCAUCAACACUAUUUUCAGGAACAAGAAGGUGUCUGUUUCAGCCACUCCUGGACACACUAAGCACUUUCAGACUCUGUAUGUGGAGCCAGGCCUGUGCCUCUGUGACUGCCCCGGUCUGGUGAUGCCCUCCUUUGUUUCCACCAAAGCUGAGAUGAUCUGCUCCGGGAUCCUGCCCAUUGAUCAGAUGAGAGAUCACGUACCUGCAAUUUGUCACGUAUGUCAGUUGAUCCCUCGGCACGUGUUAGAGGGCACCUACGGCAUCAACAUCAUCCGACCACGAGAGGAUGAAGACCCCGACAGGCCCCCCACCCAUGAAGAGCUGCUGAUGGCUUAUGGAUACAUGAGAGGCUUUAUGACGUCGCACGGCCAGCCCGAUCAGUCCAGAUCAGCCCGGUACAUCCUGAAGGAUUACGUCAGUGGAAAGCUACUGUACUGCCACCCUCCUCCACAUAUUAACGCUGAAGACUUCCAGCCACAGCACAACAAGUUCCUGAAUAGAGACACGGACUGCUGCGACCUCUCCGCUACAACAAACAAACAGAAAAUCAAGAGAAUUGAAAAUGUGGUUGACAAGAACUUCUUCCAUCAGGAGAAUGUGCGGGCGCUCUCCAAGGGGGUUCAGUCCGUCAUGGGCUACAAGCCAGGCAGCGGACCUGUCGGCCCAGGGAAAGCUGGAUCAGAGGCAGGGGUGGGAAAACCCUGGAAAAAACACGGCAACAAGAACAAGAAGGAGAAAGUGCGCCGUCUUAACAAGCAUCUGGACGCCUGAUGAUGAUCUGAAAUCAAAGAACUUUUAAUCACAUGUCAUUUCAGCAGGAAUGGAAAAACCCUGAACUACAGCUCACACGUGAUUCCAAAGGAAUUAAUGCUGAGCAGUGUUUGUAGGUAGAUGUAGGCCCCUUAAUCCUGUGAAUAUGGAAAGGUCACGCUGUCUCAAUAUGAAUAUAUGAGCUGCAUGAUCUGUCAUGUGCCGCUCUGGAUAGAGUAUCAUAUUGGUGCAAUGCAUUCCAUCAACUGGAUCACCAGUUGUACACCAGAUCUCAACAUGGUGUUUGGAAAAGGACUCAACAUCCAAAGGGUGUGGAUUUUCUUAGACAUUGAACAGUACAAUUUGUAUUUUUAAGAUGUUUUGAAAGACACAUCACAUAGUCUACAUUAACCAGAUAAAUACUAUAUGUUUGAGACUGCUUUAUCCAAACAUAAAUUGUGCUUACUGUAACUAUGAUGGACUAUACAAUAAAUUGAAUAUUUUCAUG